AUGGCCUUGACUGCUCCCGCUUAUGUUGCUGAUGCUGCUCCUAUUGCUGCUCUGCACCCUCCUCCUCCUGCUUCUGCUGCUGCUCUGCACUCGCCUGCUGCUGGCGCUGGUACUUGUCUGAACGGUCCUGCGGAUUUCCUCCCGCUGCUGGUGGGCGUUUCAGCUGUGGCGAGGCCAGGGCAGGUGCUGGCAGUGGCGGGGCCGAGUGGGGCGGGCAAGUCAACGCUGCUGGACUGCAUUGGCGGGCGGAUUCAGGGGGGGAGACUGAGGGGAAGUAUUCUGGUGAACGGGCAGAGGAUGAGCGCUGGAGAACUCAGAAGAAUUUCAGGCUACGUGCAGCAGGACGAUGCGCUCUUUCCUCACCUCACUCCACGCGAGUCGCUGCUCUUCUCGGCACAUCUCCGCCUGCCCUCCUCCCUGCCCCUCGCCGACAAGCUCGCUCGUGUGGACGCUCUCCUCACCACCCUCGGCCUCCAUGCUGUCGCCAACACGCGGAUUGGGUCUACUAGCGCUGGAAGCAGCAGGGGGAGGGGGCUGUCAGGAGGAGAGAGGAGGCGUGUAUCCAUAGGCAUGGACCUGGUUCACAAUCCCGCAGUGGUGUUGCUGGAUGAACCCACCAGUGGGCUGGACAGCGCUGCUGCUGCCAACGUGCUGGGCGUGCUGAGGGGGAUGGCCAAGGAGGGAGGAAGGACUGUGGUGCUGUCGAUACACCAGCCCAGCUUCCGCAUGCUAGAGCUCAUCGACUCUCUCCUGCUGCUCUCACGGGGAUCCGUGGUUCACUGCGGCCCUCUCUCCCUGCUGGAGGCCCGCCUUGCUGCUGCGGGCUGCACCGUGCCCAUGCGAGUCAACGCGCUUGAAUUCGCUAUGGAGGGCAUGGGGUAUGCCACGUCUCCCCUGCACGAGAUCUGGUGGCUCAGCUGCCGCAACUUCAAGAACAUGGCCAGGACCCCAGAGCUCUGCCUGGGGAGGGCGUCUCAGGUCGCCUUCACUGCCCUCUGCCUGGGGACGCUCUUCCUUCGCCUGCCGUCCAACCCCCAGGGCAUAGAGGAACGCAUGGGAUUCUUUGCCUUCUCUCUCGCCUUCCUGCUCACCUCGUCUGUCGAAGCCCUGCCUGUGUUUCUUGAGGAGAGGCAAAUCUUUCUCCGAGAAACAUCAAGAGGCGCUUACCGCAUAUCUUCGUAUGCCAUUGCUAGUGUGGCUGUGUUUCUGCCCUUCCUCCUGCUCCUCGCGCUCCUCUACUCCAUCCCGGCCUACCUCCUCGUCGGCCUACACGCCUCCCUCUCCGCCUUCCUCUUCUUCCUCCUUGUCGUCUGGGCCGUGCUGGUCGUUGCCAACGCCAUCGUCGCCUGCAUCGCGGCCAUGGUGCCUGACUUUAUCACAGCUAACUCCAUGAUUGCUGGCCUCAUGGGGGCAUUCUUCCUCUUCUCCGGCUACUUCAUUGCAAAGAAGUACAUCCCCUCGUACUGGAUCUGGAUGCACUACCUGUCAGUCUUCAAGUACCCAUUGGAUGCUCUCAUAAUAAAUGAGUACGGGAGCCAUAGUGACACCACCUUCGGGCUUGCAGGCACAGGAGCACAGGUCAUAGAGGCUGCAGGCUUGUCUGGGCAAUCAAAGUGGCUUGACCUACUUGUGCUAUUGGGCUUUGCAAUGGCCUUCCGCAUUGCAUGCUACAUCUUCCUUCUCACACAACCACUUUGUGCUGCUCUUGGUAAUGGGCUCCAAGGCUGGGACAAUGCCGCGAUAGCAGGUUCCGUACUCAGUACUCUAAUCGCUGGAAGUUUUGCGGACUUGAUCGGCAGAAAAUCUGUCCUUACGAUUGCUGCUUUCACCCUUCCAGUUGACAACUUAGUUACGCUGAUGGACAACAUUCAGAGGGCGAGUGAUAUGGGCACUACAGGCAACGAGACCAUUCAGGCCAUGUUAUGGCCAUCUCAGAAUUCUUCAGGAGAGGAGCAAUCAGCUCAGCCUUCCGAUAUUGAAAAUGUGCAAGCUCCACUUCUUGCGUGUGCAUCUGACAACAAUUCUCUGGAGUUCUCACGCCAGUCUUCUGUUCUGGAGUCUGUCUUUUCAUCUGUUCCACCAUUGGCCUCGUUGGCAUCACUAGACAUGAACAACAGCUACCAAACAUCCACAGCUACAGCAGGGUCACUGGGUGGAGGGUGGCAGCUGAUGUGGCAAGUUGAGGGGGGUUCUACUCAGGCGGAGGGAGAUGAUGAAAAGCUGAACAACCAGAGUCAUGAUGACAUGAAGAGGGUCUACAUCCUGCAGCAAAAUAUUGGCCAAUCAUUGUCGGACUCUACUCAGCUUCUGAAUGAUGAUGGUAUUCAGGUGUCUGUGCUUGUCAGUCAGCAGAACUCAUUGGCGCCUCUUGAGGGCGACACAGAAGGCCCGGCCAUGGUGCAUCCAUCAAAGUCAGAGGGUGCUGAAGGAGGUUUCAGCAGUCUAAACGAACCUGGUGUGAAGCAAGCCCUUGUUGUAGGGGUUGGCCUUCAAGUGCUCCAGCAGGCUUGUGGGAUCAACGCAGUGCUGUAUUACACCCCUACCAUUCUCAUGUCCUCUGGAGCUAGCGUCUUGGAGAAUUAUGGAUUGACAGCGGAAUCGUCAUCCAUGUUGGCAAGUGGCGCACAGCUUCAUAGAAUGGCUGCUCUCGCGAACGCCGCUGUGCUCCCCUCCACCUUCGUCGGCCAGAGCGCUGAGCUCGCCGCCAAGGUGAACAAUGUCGAGGCCCGCGUGACGAUGAGGAAGACCGCCAAGGCGGCUUCCAGCAGCGCCUUCUACGGCCCCGACCGCAACCUGUUCCUGGGCCCGUUCUCCUCCCCCCCGUCGUACCUGACCGGCGAGUAUCCCGGCGACUACGGCUGGGACACCGCUGGCCUGUCCGCUGACCCCGAGACCUUCGCCAAGAACCGCGAGCUGGAGGUCAUCCACGCUCGCUGGGCUCUGCUCGGCGCGCUCGGCUGCCUCACCCCCGAGCUCCUCGCCAACAACGGCGUGAACUUCGGCGAGGCCGUGUGGUUCAAGGCCGGCGCUCAGAUCUUCUCCGAGGGCGGCCUGGACUACCUCGGCAACCCCAGCCUGAUCCACGCGCAGUCCAUCCUGGCCAUCUGGGCCACCCAGGUCAUCCUCAUGGGAGCCGUUGAGAGCUACCGCGUGGGUGGCCUCGAGGGCUUCCAAGAGGUUGAGGACCCCCUGUACCCCGGCGGUGCCUUCGACCCUCUUGGUCUGGCCGACGACCCCGAUGCUCUCGCUGAGCUGAAGGUGAAGGAGCUGAAGAACGGCCGCCUCGCCAUGGUGUCCAUGUUCGGGUUCUUCGUGCAGGCCAUCGUGACCGGCAAGGGUCCCAUUGAGAACCUGUCCGACCACCUGGCUGACCCCACCGUCAACAACGCCUGGGCCUAUGCCACCAACUUCACCCCUGGCGCUUAG